GUGCGACGGGAGCGGCGUGGCCCCGUCCGCGGCGCUGGGCGGGGAGGGGCGAGCGGCGGGCUUUAAGGGACUCGGGGGCCGUGCUGCGCCUGCUGGAUGCGUUUGCGGUGUCGUGGCUGCUGGCGUGUCCUCGUGGGAGGCUGUGUGCUGCAGGAGAGAACUGCUGGGAAACAUGAGCGCUUUGAACUGAGUUAUCUGGAAGAGCUGACUGUGGUUGCAGGACCCCAGGCUGUACGCAGGGAGUCUCAGUGGGACAGUCUGAAGAUCAAAUUAGCAAUAGUUACUGCUCCUAGAAAUGUGAGCGUGUGCAAGAUUUAACACCAGGUCAAUUGUGCUGGUUAAGAAUAUUAUCCUCUCCGGAGGUCAAAGAGUUCACGUAAGCCUGUCAUGAAUAUAAAUAAAAAUAUUCCUGAUUAAUUAAUUGCUCUGCAAGUAAGGAUAUCCUCUGACGAAAAAUGAAAAAACAAGCUCCUGAUGGCAGGGUAAUGAAUCACAGGAACAGAGCUCCAGGAGAAGGCAGUGAUGACAAAAAUCAAAGAUGCUCUGAAAAAGUUAGCAGUGAAAAUGGCACUCAGAGUCAUGAAAGUUGCAUUAUAAAGCUGCCCGUAAUAGCAUCAUUCGCAGGUACUGCUAAAAGAAUUCCGCCUCAGAAGCCAAGGUAUCGCAGAUCUGAUUUUCACACCAGUAACUCCCCGGUCUUGUUAGAAAAGACAAAAGCUGUUAGUAAAGCAAAGGAUAGAGUGCGUAUGCUACAGACGAAUCCCUACAACUUAAGGAAUGAUAAAACUGAAAAAAUAGGCCCUGUGAUUAAAGACGGUGAUGAGUUUAGCUCUGCAAAUUUAGAGAGAAAUGAAAACAUUCCCAGGAAGGAAAAAUUAACCAGGGAAAGCUGUAAGAAGAGAAGCAAAGAGAUUUCAAAACUAAAGCAGCAAGAUUUAUGUGUUGAAUUGGGACGAGUGCUGAGAAAAGGAAGCAAGCAGCCAAGUGUGAGGUCUGCUCGGGAACAGUUGGAAGAGACACCAGUUGUUCAAAAAGGAUCUCGAGCAGCAGAAAAUGAAUCUCAGCCUACAGAUGAGCUGUUAACAUAUAAUAAGCAGGUGAAGCAGGCUCCAUCCACAGAUGUGCUACGGGUGGAAGGAAAAGCGAUAUCAAAAAUUAAAACAGAUGAGGUUCAGAAAGAUCUACAAGAGGAACGCAGCUUACAACAGUGUUUGUCUUUCCUGCCCACUCAUGCUUCAAAUGUCAAACAGCAAAAUUAUCCAAGCAUUCAUCAUCUAUGUACUGCUUUUCCCGGUUUUAUGUUGCCUCCAUAUCUACAAAUGGCUUCAAGAAUUUAUCAUACUUCAGACAGAAGAGGUCACAAUAUCUUGUUUACGGCAGAGGAUUUAGACAAUAGGCAGAAAGAAUCAAUAUGUUCUGAAUAUAUUUACUUGAAUGAACAGGCUGAAAGGAAAAGAAUUUGUUAUGAAGGAGUUCCUGCUUCAGAACUGUUUCAGAGUAAUCAGAAAGAUGGGAUUCACUCUCUUCCACCUCGUUCAUCAAAAACUCUAGCUGAGUGGCAAAAAGCUGAUUAUAGUCUUAAAAAAGCACAACUUCAACUGGUAGGAGAGAAAGUUCCCAUUUAUCCAGAAGCUUUGAAAAUGUUUUGGGCUCCUGUUCCACCAAAAUUCUUUGCUCCAAUUUCUUUUAUGAAGGACAUUUUAUUUCCUAAAUAUGAGAGCAAUGUUAUUGAAGAUAUAAAUUAUGAAGACUUCUUAAUUGAUUAUGAAGAAGAGUUAGAAGCUGAGCAAGAUGAUCUUGAUUUCUAUGAUUAUUUACUGACAGAAAAUGUGCUGAGAAGAUGCCAGUCCUUCUCACAUUUUUCUGACAGUGAGAACUCAAAGCAGAUAAAUUUGAUUAAAAGAUCAGUCUCUGCUCCGGAGAUAACUGCUUUAAAACAUGAAACUAUAUUAAAGAUGUCAGCUGAUUUCAAAACCAGCAUGAAAGAGUUGAAGCUUAUGAAGCAGCAAAUAGCUGUGCCAAAGGUUGAGAUAGACACUGUGAAGAGCUCUCCUGCCAAGCAUCUUUUGAAUCAAGUCUGUGAUGGUUGCCACUCAAAGCUGACAAACACACCAGUGGAAAAAAUGCCUACUUUCUCUGGACAAGAGGAUAGUGAGAAUACUGUACUUGCAAAGAGAGCUCAAAAGGCUGGAUUUAAAUAUGUUGUUAUCCCAAAAGGAAAGAAGAAGAAGAAAUCAAGGAAAACAAUAAAUUCUAGAAAAUUAGAAGCUGUGAUUAAGAAAUUAAAUCAACCUCCAAGAAUUCUUAAAAGGUCUGUGUCUCUAGGAAGACUUCUUAUUCAUAAUAAAUUCAUCAUCAAGGUGUCUCCAGCAAUCAAACGAUAUCAGAGCCCAAGUGUCCCUUCUUUGUUGGAUUUUGAAAAGUUUGCUAAAGUAAGGGGUGGAAUUCCAAAAGAAACUUCUGCUCGUGCAUGGGUCAGUGGACUCUGGAGCUGCUGGUUUGAUGAAACAUUCCCUACUUGUGGGACUGUUCCGGAGGAAGAUACUGAACUGCUAGAAGGAGCUAAGGCAGUAGGCUCUCAAGAGACAAAUCUACAAAUAGAACUAGUUGACUCAAUACAGCCUGUUCUGCUUGAAGGUGCAGUAUUUAGUACUGAAGAGUUAGAAGAAGAAGUAAGAAGACUGACUGAUCUAAUAGAAAAGGUUGAGCAUCCUUCAGCUUUUCAAUAUUGUAGGCGUGGAGCAAUACGAAGAAAGUUAGGCAAGCUAAAAUCAGCUAUGGAUGACUUGGAAAAAGCUAUAAGCUUAGAACCACUACUACUUGAUGCUUACUGGCAUAGACAUUUGAUUUACCUCUUUCAAGACAAAUUUUCUGCUGCUUUAGAUGACCUGAAUUUCAUAACUAAAUGGAAGAAAAAUAAAGCAGAUGCAUACCUGUCAAAGGCUGAAAUUUACAGAAAACAGGGUGAUAAUACAAUGGCAAUCAUAAAUUACAGCUCUGCAAUACAAUGCAACUCUACAGAUGAUGACGUUUAUUUCAGAAGAGCUGAGUUGUAUUUUGAGGAAAAUCAACUGUUAUUGGCUGUAGAUGAUUAUGCUAAAUGUUUUCAAUAUAACCCAAAAAGAACAGAUGCACUUAUGAAACAUGGAAUAUAUUACUUUGACCGUUCAAUUUUGACUACAGCUAUUCAGGAUUUUACAGCUGUGAUUAGAGAAGACCCUAGCAAUGCUCAGGCGAGGCUGUAUCGAGGAAGAGCAUAUGCUAAACAGAAGCAGUAUAGAAAUGCAGUACAAGACUUAACAGCAGCAAUUCAUCUAGACCCCUCUUGUUGGUUAGCGUUCUACUAUAGAGGUUGCAUCUUACGUGAGAUUGAUCCAAAAAGAGCUCUGCAGGACUUCAGUGUUUCUGUACUCAUCAAUGACACUCGGGAGAAUUUUUCUUCUUUUCUUCAUCGUGGGAUCAUUUACUCAAAGCAACAGCAAUGGUCAAUUGCAAUCCGUGACUUUGAAAGCGUCAUAGCUUUGGACAGCUCUAUCAUCUUUGCUUACCUAAGUAUUGGUUUGAUACUGUUGUUGCAUCUGGAUCAAUACUAUGAAGCUAUCCAACAGUUUACUAAUGCUAUAAAAAUUGAUCCUCUCAAUGUUCGAGCCUACUUGUGUAGAGCACAAGCAUAUCACAAGAUUCAUAAUUUAUCAAAUGCUGUGAAAGAUAUAAAUCGAGCCAUUCAUCUUUAUCCAGAUAAGUCAGAACUACGGAUACUAAGGGGACAGUAUUUAACAGAGUCAAAGAAAUAUGAGCUGGCAAGCUUAUGUAUUCACCAACUUGCAGAAAUGAGUGAAGAGUCCCUUCAGGCUCAGCCUGUUCAGCAAGCACUCAUUCAGUCAUUCUGUCAAAAUCACAGUAAAGCCAUGGAGUGCUUACAUGCAGCUGCUACAACUCACCCUGAGCCUUCAGUGUUUGUCCUCUUGGGAAAAAUACAAAUGAAAGCUGAGAAAACGGAGGAUGCUGUGGGAAGUUUUAAACAAGCUAUAAAUCUCCUGAUGACCUCAGAAAAAACCUUGCCUCCUACAUUUGAGGCUGCAGAAACGUAUUAUCUUAUGGGCCUGUGUUAUAUGGAACAAAUGAAUUUAUUACAGGCCUGUGAUGCUUUUAGUACGGCUAUCAGACUACAUUCAAAUUACCCUGAUGCUUUUUAUCAACGAGGGCUGUGUCGGAUGCAGCUCAGACAAACAAAGUGCAUCCAAGACUUCAAUCAUACACUUGUCCUUUGUCCAUCACAUUUCCAGGCAUAUAUGGGUCGUGCUGCUUACUAUGGAAGUAAAGGCAGAUACUCUAAGGCAAUUAUGAGUUGUAAUGAAGCAAUCAAAAUUCAUCCUAACAGUGUAGAAGCUUAUUUUUACCGAGGAACAUUGAAGUAUCAAAAUAAGACAUUUAAAGCUGCAAUUGAAGAUCUCUCAAAAACUAUUGACCUUGACAAUACCUGCAUUUUGGCAUAUAAUAACAGAGCAAUCUGUUAUCAUCAAAUAAAGGACUUCAGAAAGGCUUUGAAAGAUUAUGGAAUUGUUCUUUUACAUGAGGUGAAUAAGGAAAUAGUUUUACAAGUGUUCAUCAAUCGUGGACUACUGUACAUGGAACUUGGGGAUUACGCUAAUGCCUGUGAGGACUUCAAAGAAGCAGUGCUGCUUAGUCCAGGUGACAGCCAGAUCUUUCAAGCUAUUGGAACCUGCCAUUAUCGACUUAAUGAGUUUGAAGAAGCUGUGAGGUCAUUUAAUCAGGCUCUCAGACUAGAACCCAUUUCUGUGGAAGCCUAUAUUGGACGAGGAAAUUCAUAUAUGAAACAUGGACAAGAAGCUGGUCUUGAACAAGCACAGAAAGAUUUCUUGAAAGCAAUUCACCUGAAUCCAAUGUGUACGAAAGCCAGAAUUUGCUUAGGAUACAACUUGCGGGCCCUUGGAAAGCUUCGGAGUGCUUGGAGCCAGUUAACAGUUGUCAUUGCUAUUGAUUCAAAAUGUGACACUGCAUAUGAAGGACGAGCUUUGAUCUCUCUUCAAAUGGGUGAAAUUUUUUCUGCGCUUCAAGACAUAAAUGCUGCGUUAAAGCUCACUACCACUGCUCCACUGCUAACAAAUCGGGGUGUCAUCAAUCAGUUAAUGGGGCAUUUAUCCUGUGCCAUGAAGGACUAUCAACAGGCAAUUUCUGUUGACCCCAACUAUGCAUUAGCUUACUUCAGUGCAGCAAAUAUCUACUUCCAUAAUCGUCAGUUUUCACAGGCUUAUUGCUAUUAUUCAGAGGUACUGAAGCUUGAACCAAGAAAUGAAUCUGCUAUUAUGAAUCGUGCUGUUACAAAUACAAUAUUAAAAAAUUUUGAAGAGGCAAAAGAAGACUUUGAAAAGGCAGUUUGCCUCUGCCCAUUCUCUGCAGCAGUGUAUUUUAACAGAGCAAAUUUCUAUAAUGCAUUAAAGCAGUAUGAACUAGCUGAGAAAGACAUUUCAACAGCAUUGUCAAUUCAGCCUAACGAUGCCAUGAUGUACAGACUUAGAGCGGAUAUUCGUGCUAAAUUGGGUUUCAGUAGAGAGGCUGUAGAAGACUACAAGCAAGCAAUCAGCAUACAAGAGCAGACUGAUUACAUGUGAAAAGAUAUUGGUUCUAUUUACACAUUUCUCACACUUUAAUUAAAAGUCCAAUGUGCAAGAAAUAUCUUUACUUAAUAUAUUUUAUACACGUAUUUUCCUAACUAAUAAAAUUACUUUGUUUCAGCCCCAAACUAGCCAGAGUUAUGAGAACAGAAUACUGUAUUUUAAUUGUUAUGGGUUAUAAAUUGUUCUUUAUUUCUUAGUGCUGAAAAAUAACUGAUUGAAUUGUUUGGUAAAUGAAAGUAGUAGUAAUUAUAAACAAAAAGCUUAAAAGAUACUGGUAACAGAGGGAUGAGAGAUGCAUCCAGUAUAAAUGCUUACAGUGAUGGUGGUUGUAUGAGAGCUGUUGAAGCAUGGCCUGAACCUCUGAUUGACCACCUGAGGCAAGCACUGAGUCAGCUGUGGGAGCACAGGUGAAGGCAAUUCACCUGUGACUGGAAGGGGUGGAGCCUGGCUCCAUUUAAGGGCUGACUGCCACUGAGGAAGGAUCUCUUUCUGGAGAUUGCUCUUCAUGGAGUUUCUUGUGAGCCUACAAUGCCGGUGAGCACUUUCAUUUAUUUGAUUAUCUUUUCCAAUGUGGUAAUCUUACUAAGCCUAACUUCUCUGUAUACUUAUUGAUCGUACAAUACAACAUCUGUAUUCUUACUGACCUUACAGCAGUUAUAUGUUGCCUUGGACCAUCUGAGAAGUACUAGCUUUUAGGUGGAUGGCUAUCAAAUGCUGGUAACUGCUAACUAGGUCUCACUUUUUUACCUUAUUGUCCUUCUACACCUCUUCAUAAGAUUCCCUGCUACUGGCAGUGGACAAUGUGCAACAUACGCUGUUAUGGUUCAUGGGAACUACUCCAAGAAGCUGAAUUUGAGAAGGAGAUGUAGUUCAGCCUGAGAGUAAAUGGUGAGGUCAUUUUCUUUCAUGUAAAUAUGUUAUGCUGUGUCAGCUUUGAAGAGGCAUGUUAAAAGCCUGAGUAAUAGACUAUGGUUUUUGUUCUAAAUUUCUAAGAAUCACCUCAUCUAAACAUGGAGAUAUAAAUAUGAAUCAAUGUGAUCCAAAUAAACUAUCAGGCUCUACCCAUGUGCUAAAUUAAACCCCCUAAUUAAAAUACUAUGGAGAAUACAGCGAAAGGAUGGAGCUAAAUUGUUGUCUUUGCCUCGGAAAAGAGAAGAAUUGACUUAUUUUGCACUUCAAAAGUGAUUUUUAAGUUGUAUUAUUGAGAUGAAAGUAAAAAAUUGUUGUCAUUGUGAUUUUUUUAAAAGACAAAACAUUUUAUUUUGAGUACUUAACACAAUACUUUUCUUUUUUUGUAUAGUCCCCAUUCUUGCAUACCUAUGUGGUAGUUGUGCAGCCAAUAUAAUAGACAAGCUUAGCUUUGUUCUGGCAACUAAAUUUUGCAUUUGAGGUGUCACAUUACAUUGUAAACAUCUCUAUGCUCGUCAUACUUACGAUGUUUAGGCUGGGGAAAAAAGUACUGGAAAUAGAAUAUCACAACUAGUGCCUUAAUUCAGAAAAGCAUUUGACUCUAUCCCUGCUCUCCUUGAUUGCCUUCUUAUCUUGUUGUUUAAUAUCUACAGUGAUGAGACUUUUCACUUGUAAAGGUCUGUUAUGUUUGGCUGGAAUAGAUGAAGCAAAACUAAAAUGCAUAAAAGCUAAGAAAAAAAGAAUCCCCGAGUAUUCUAUAUUUAUUUUUUCUUGUGAUUAGUCUUUGUUUAAAAAUGGACAUUUAUAAACUAAAAUAGGACUAGAUGUUCUGUGAUGAUGCAUUAAUAUUUCUGUUUGGUAUUAUAACAUGCAUUAGUGUGUUACUGGAAAUCUGUUUGAAAUGGCAGUUUUCCUUUAAAAUGAAAUUAAAAUUAAAAUAGGAUGAUCAGAAAGCAAUUUCUGACUGUUUUGCAGUAAUUUGAAAAAUGAAUUGCUAAUAGCUUUUAAAAAUACUAGUUUUACUGUGCUUAAUUACAAUUAAAAAAAAAAAGGUGGUGUACUGCAACACAACACAGGGAAAUUCUUUAUGGUUAAGGCAGAACUCAAGAAUCAGAAUAAUUAUGCCAGGUUUUGUGCUUCUGUAAUGUGUUAUAGUCCUGAGAGAUAUUUACUUUGUUUCUAAUAUUGAUUAUUCUGUUACUAAAACUAAGUUUGUGAAACCAAGGUGAUUAAGCAGUUGCUUACUGUCUUUUCCAUCUUGUUCUACUUCCGUCCCUUUCCCCCCCAUUUCUGGGGUGUUGUGACCUACACAAGUGGAUCAAGUAUAAUUUACAGUGUAUACAUUUACAUGCAUCUAUAUUUAGGGGCAUGAUUAUCAUGGUUGUUGAUGCAAAGUGGGGAACUGUUUACCCAGUUUCCUGUAUGUGCACAAACCCAAAGUUUUCUUGCCAAGUGGUGUCAAUGUGAUGCAAAAAUAGGGUCUCUUUUUCCCUUUCUCCUUCUUCACAUUUCUCUUUCAGUGCUCUUUAUUAUCUAAAGAAUUGUUUAUUGAUGAAAGCAUUAAAUUAUGCAUGAUUCUAUGGCAUUUUCCUUUCUUUGAUCUCCUUAUGAAUUACCUGCUGAUGGGUUGUGAGAUAGCAGUGCCCUCAUCAUGUAUAGAACAUCAUCAAAGUUAAAUCAGAAUGAAGAGAGGUCAAACUUUUCCCUUAGAUCCUUUUCUUGUAGUAUUCAAUGCUGAUUUUCUUUAGCUUAACCCUUCUUGAAUGUCAAACAUAAAUGGACAUUUAUAAGAUUUAGCUUCACAUUUAAAACUUGAAACCAAGGACAAUCAGUUAUAACUCACAAUUGGCAGAAUAACUUAAAUGACAUGGGCUAUGUUCUCUCUUCUGAUCUCUCUUCUAAUUUUAUAUUCUGGAUGGUAUUUCUAAUUCUUAAAAAGUAAAAAAAAAUUGUUUAAUUCUGUGGCUGGCUACAUGGAGGUCUGUUUGUUUUUUAUCUGUUGCACAAUACUCAGUGGUGACC